GGGGUUUUGAAGAAGCGCCCACAUGACAGCGCAGCUGUCAGCAGAGGAUGUUGUCUUUGUGGCGCAAGGGCUUGUGGGUAAUGUAAGGUGCAGCACGCCGGAGAGGGUAGCUGCAGUAGUUCCAGGUCCAGUUCCAGUUCCAGUUCCAGUGAGUUGGUGCAGUGUCAGUGAGCGGAGCCGCAGAGAGAAUGUUAACGACUUGUUUCUGUGGCUUCUUGUUGGACUAACACGCACAGGGGAACCAGAACCGGCGGAGUUCGAUCGCUGUUCGCGCAGAAAUCACGCGACAUGAGUCUGAACGAGCACUCGCUGCAGGCUCUGUCCUGGAGGAAGCUCUACCUGAGCCGGGCCAAACUCAAGGCUUCCAGCCGGACAUCAGCUCUGCUCUCCGGAUUCGCUAUGGUGGCGAUGGUGGAAGUGCAGCUGGACAACAGCUAUCCGUAUCCUCCCGCUCUCCUCAUCGCCUUCAGCGCGUGCACCACCGUCCUGGUGGCCGUUCACCUGUUCGCCCUCAUGGUCAGCACCUGCAUCCUGCCCAACAUCGAGGCCGUCAGCAACGUCCACAACCUGAACUCGGUGAAGGAGUCGCCGCACGAGAGGAUGCACAGACACAUCGAGUUGGCCUGGGCCUUUUCUACAGUCAUCGGCACUCUGCUGUUCCUGGCUGAAGUGGUCCUCCUCUGCUGGGUCAAGUUUCUGCCCAUCAAGCCCAACAAGUCCAGCAACAACACGGUGUCCUCCGGCGUGGCCGCCGCCAUCACCUCCACCUCCAUUAUGGUCCCCUUCGGUCUGGUCUUCAUAGUUUUCGCCGUGCACUUCUACCGCUCCCUGGUCAGCCACAAGACGGACAGGCAGUUCCAGGAGCUGGAGGAGCUCUCCAACCUCACCCGCCUCCAGAACGAGUUGGACAACCGAGGGGAGUCUUCCAUCCUGCAGUCUCCCAGCUCACAUUUCCCGUAGACACGCACGAGGAAUUAGGAACCAGUAGCAGGAACUUGACUGAUGGAAUAUUCUGGAUGUCCGAAGCGACACUCCUGGCUUUUAGUUUGUUUUAGUUUGUUUUUUUAAACAAUGAAAGAAGUUGUAUUUCUCACUUAUUUGUGUUUGAUUUUUAAAAAAAGAAAAGAAAAAUAGUAUUUUAAAAGACGCGCUUGAUCAAAGUGUGAACCCUGACACAUGUUCGUGUCUCGAACUUGGACGACGUCUUAAAACGUAGCCGUUGCCUGAUUGAACUCGUAAAGAAACGUCCGAACAAUAACAA